AUGCUGGAUCAUGUGAGGCAACUUGAUUGGGUGGGUGCAAGUGGUAGUGCGUGUGUUGCUGGGGACAGCUGGGAUCAGCAGAGGACAGCAGAGGGCAGCAGAGGAGAGCUUGGGACAGUUGGGGGCAGGGCAGCAGAGGGUAGCUUGGCGUCUCAAGUAGAACCACUUUUAAUCUUCUCCCUCUCCCCUCCCUCCCCUCUUCCCCCGCUCAUCCACUCCCCUUCAGCACAUGCGCGCCAGCACAUGCGCGCCAGGUUGACAGACUUUGGAAUGGCGAGGGCGGGCCCAGAGGAGGGGAAGACGCAUGUGUCCACUCAAAUUAAGGGGACUCUGGGGUAUUUAGACCCCGAAUACAUGGACACUGGCCACCUUGCUCCCACCAGUUGCUCUCUCACCCCUUCCCCCAGCCCACCUGUUCUGCGCCGCACCACACCGUAUCUGACUUGGCAGUCACGCUCUGCCCCAGGCGGGCGACCGAGUCCUGAAGCCUGCUGGGGGAGGGGAGGAUGGGGGGGAGAGAAAGAGGAAGAGGGGUGCAUUUGCACAUUCUCCGCUUGUCUCCGGUUCACCCCUCGUGCACUGCACUCAAGCACAGCCCCUUGCACCGCAGCAGACUGA